GAUGCUCACGUGCAGCGGAGAGCUGCUGAAUUCUGUAGUUUGGAAAAUCUUGACCAAUGUGGUGCUGUUAUUAUGGACUACACAGAUGACCCUAACGCAAUACCUAUAAAUGAAGAAGAGAUUAAGGAACACUGCGAAAAACAAUAUAAAGCCCAAAAAUGUUUGCAAAAAUAUGCUGAAGACUGUCUUGAAGGAAUAUCCAAGGAAGCCAUUAAAACUUAUUCAAGUGGCAUUGAAGAAGGGUUAAAUAUGAGAUGUAACAACGACGGGGAACUACAUGCCGACUUUUUGGAGCACGGACCAUGCCUUCGAGAGAUUUUCGUCAAACGUUAUCACUGUUUAACUCGUUUGAUUACAAGAAUGUAUGACGUUCAAAAUGGAGGCGUUCCUAAAGAACAAUCUGUGAACACAGCUUGUUGCUCAUGGUUAGAAUUUGGCCGUUGUUCCCUUAAUCUCACAGAGACCUCUUGUGGCGAUAAAGCAGCCAAUUUUAUUAGACGUAAAGCUAAGGUGUACACCCAGAAGAUGGUUGAUCUCAUCUGUAAAGACACGUCACCAGACACGUGCCGGAAUAUGGAGAAGCCAAAAUUUUUGAUUUCACCUUUUGUCCCAUUUGUAAAUAUCCUAAAUGAACAAGUGAACCAAGAUGGUACUAAGUCAUAAGAAACAGACCUGAAGAAAAUCUGAAACCGUUUAGGUCUUACAAGUUUGUUUGUUAUUUUGCACGGGAUUUAAAGAAAGAUUGUAUGGAUUCAUUGAAAUGUUUUGAUUUUUAUAUGCUUAAAACUUUUAUAUUACAUUUAUACUCAGUCACCAAUUCAUGUAAAUUAAUAGCUGAAAAAGGUUUCCAAUAAACUUUUGCUACUUACAUAAAA